CUUCUUUUUCUCCGGAUCUCUCUCCUCGAGACGACGACGACCCCCUCGCGCUUCAUUCGGUUCACGAUGCUCCCCCAAGGACUGUAUUGGUUGUUCUUCACUCUGCUCCCUAGUCUCGUUCUGGGACUGCCUUGGGAUGCAAUUAACGGGAGGUCGGCGAUGGGGAGCAUGGUCACUGGUGCUGCCCCACUUGAAGGAAUCGGUCCAUUGAGACAGAACCAAGUGCCCCAUAAUCGACACCUUGGUAUUCGAGGUGGACAUGCCCCCUUCACUCCGCUAGACGCCCUCGGUAACCUCACGAUCCUAGUCCACCAACUCACACCCCCGCACUUUAUCAUCAACCGCCGCCAACUCUACUACUACAUGAACUCAACGACUGUCUUCCCCGUCAACGUUGUGAACACUACGCUGCCCGAUCGGCCGCCGCUGCAGUUGAUUGUGGGGAAGAAGAGGGAAGGGUUGAAGGGAGGUAGCUGGAGAUUUGCGGGGAGUAUGCUGUAUUAUGAUUAUCCUGGGAAUGCGGGCUCGCAGGGAAUCUUCUGGAGUUGUCAGAUGCCUGGUCAGACAGGCCCUUGGCCUGGCGUAUUCCUUUUCGCACCCAAGGAGGAGAAUUAUGUCAAUGACUGCAAUUCUUUGACUUUCCAUAACUUUGGCAACACCGAUUAA